AUGGAAAAAUCUGAUAUCGAAGCCCUUCAAUCACAAUAUGAAGAAGCAAUUCUGAGUAUUCAAACUCAACUCAGUCUGUUGAACGUUGCAAGAGAACUCUUGAAAGCAAGUACUACGUCACCAUCAACUACUACGUCGCCAUCGACUUCGUCCUUCGUCAAAAAGACCAAUGACUCAUACUUUGACUCCUAUGCUUCCAAGUAUAUUGACUUCACGUAUGACAACCCUACCAUAUACCAUGUUGUUAAGACGUUUUCCAGUCAAUUGACCGAGGCAGGGUUCACUUAUAUCUCUGAGAAAGAUUCAUGGCUGUCACUCAAGCCUGGCAAGUACUUCACUACCAGAAAUGGGUCUAACUUGGUUGCAUUUGUUGUUGGUGACAAAUGGAUUCCAGAAAAGGGUGUCGGGGUUGUUGGGUCUCAUAUUGAUGCCUUGACUGUAUUUCUUAAGCCAAACUCCACCAAACAAAAGGUUGAAGGAUACGAGUUAUUAGGAGUUGCUCCUUAUGCUGGAGCACUCUCAGAUGUUUGGUGGGAUAGAGAUUUGGGUAUUGGAGGAAGAAUUUUAACUAAAGAUGCCAAAUCUGGGAAAAUCACUAGUAAGUUAGUUGAUUCAACUCCUCACCCAAUUGCACAUAUUCCAACAUUAGCACCUCAUUUUGGUGCCCCAUCUCAAGGACCUUUCAAUAAGGAAACUCAAGCAGUUCCUGUUAUAGGAUUUUCAACGGAAAAGGAGACAGAGUCUCCACCUACUGCAGAAGAAAAGAAUUCUCCUUUAUUUGGGAAACAUCCUUUGAAAUUAUUGAGAUACAUUGCUAAACUUGGAGGUGUUUCAGUCGGUGAUAUUGUCCAAUGGGAUUUGCAAUUGUAUGAUGUUCAAAAGGGUAUCAGAGGUGGAUUAGAUAGUGAAUUUGUAUUUGCUCCAAGAGUAGAUGAUCGAGUUUGUUCAUAUGCUGCCAUUUCUGCUUUAAUAGAUGCUGUUAAUGAUAAGGCUUUAGCUUCCGACAGCUUCUCUGUUGUUGGGUUAUUUGAUAAUGAAGAAAUUGGUUCUGGAACUCGUACAGGGGUUAAAGGUGGUUUAACAGAAUUGGCAAUUUCAAGAGUACUUGCAACUGAUUACUUUAAACCAACAAUCCCAGGUUCUUACGAAGACGCUUUGAAAGUCUUAUAUGCCAAUACCAUUGUCCUUUCAGCUGAUGUUAAUCAUUUGUUAAACCCAAACUUUGAUCAUGUUUAUUUGGAACACCAUAAGCCAGUUCCCAACAAUGGUAUUACUAUUGCCUUAGACCCUAAUGGUCAUAUGGCCACUGAUUCAGUAGGAUUGGCCCUUUUUGAGGAAUUGGCUCGAAUCAAUGAUGAUCUGUUGCAAUACUUUCAGAUCAGAAACGAUUCAAGAUCGGGUGGUACCAUUGGACCUUAUAUUAGCGUUCAAACCGGUGCACGUACUAUUGACUUGGGUAUACCUCAAUUAUCAAUGCACUCCAUUAGAGCCACGUUAGGAGCUAAAGAUAUCGGCAAUGGUAUCAAAUUCUUUGAAGGGUUCUUUGCCAACUGGCAAAGUACCUAUUCCAAAUAUGGAGACCUUUAG